UUGAAGCAUACUUCGUUUUACCCGUCGCUGUGAGUUUGUUAUGUCUAAUUCUCAGGAAAACUCUUCGUCAUGGGAUAAAUUGGUUGAAGAAGAACUUAAAAGUAUGUCAACCGAGGCCAUAAUUUCAAGAACUCGAGCUAUAGAUAACGAAAUAAAAAUUUACAAAAACGAGUUGAGUAGAUUAACCCAUGAACAAAAUAAUACCCAAGAGAAAAUAAAGGAUAAUCAAGAAAAACUUAAACUUAACAAGCAGUUACCAUAUCUUGUGGCUAACGUUGUCGAACUUCUGGACGUGGAUCCUGAUAAUGCCAGUAGCGAAGAGGGUGCAAAUAUUGAUUUAGAUUCUCAGCGUCAAGGAAAAUGUGCUGUUAUAAAAACUUCUACAAGGCAGACGAUUUUUCUACCAGUUGUGGGUCUAGUGAACCCUGAAACCUUGAAACCUGGCGAUCUUGUAGGCGUGAAUAAAGAUUCGUACCUUAUUUUGGACACGUUACCUCCAGAAUAUGACUCUCGCGUAAAGGCAAUGGAAGUUGAGGAAAGACCCAAGGAAGAUUACUUUGACGCUGGUGGACUCUCCGAGCAGUUUGAGGAACUAGUUGAAGCUGUUAUACUUCCGAUGAAUCAAGGGGAUAGAUUUAAAACUAUUGGAAUAAAGCCACCGAAGGGUGUUUUACUGUACGGCCCUCCUGGAACCGGAAAAACUCUUCUUGCUCGCAUCUGUGCUGCUCAGUGCAAAGCAACCUACUUAAAACUAGCAGGCCCGCAACUCGUUCAAAUGUUUAUUGGCGACGGCGCCAAGUUGGUCAGAGAUGCGUUUGCUUUAGCAAAGGAAAAGGCGCCCGCCAUUAUUUUUAUUGACGAGUUAGACGCUGUAGGAACCAAACGUUUUGACAGUGAAAAAGCAGGCGAUCGUGAAGUCCAGCGCACUAUGUUAGAGCUCCUCAACCAGCUUGAUGGCUUUGGUUCGGACGAACGCAUUAAAGUCAUAGCUGCCACCAAUCGGGUUGAUAUACUUGACCCGGCUCUUCUUCGCUCCGGUCGACUUGACAGAAAAAUAGAAUUUCCGCUUCCGAACGAGAAAGCACGAAAGGAAAUUAUGCUUAUUCAUUCUAGAAAGAUGACUGUUGACAUGAACGUUAAUUUUGAUGAGCUGGCUCGUUGUACGGAAGACUUUAAUGGCGCACAGUUAAAAGCCGUCUGUGUAGAGGCUGGCAUGAUUGCUUUGAGAAGAGAAGCCAAACAAAUUACUCACGAAGAUUACAUGGAAGGGAUUCAGGAAGUUAUGUCUAAAAAGAAGGCCAACCUUACUUAUUAUGCUUAA